UUGCCUUUUAUACUAUCACAAUAGGCAUGAAGCACUACAUCGACAUGCAGCACAACAUUUAAACAGUGACUCCGGAACCAUAUUAGAUCUUUCAAUCACAAAAAAUACUCAAAUGAUACAGAACUUUCGAAAUAUAUUUGGAAAUUAAAAGGGUGAAAACAAACAAGAUUCCGACAUAACUUUGUCAAUACUAAAACGCGUUGUUUCUUACACGGGAGGAUAAAAAAGAUGUAAUUGGUGUUUAGAGGAGAACCUAUGUUUUUUGAAGGAAAAAAUAAACAAUUUUCACAGUUAACAAAAAUAGGAAAUAGUUUCGACCUGAAAAAUUGAAAAUUUGUCAGCCACCAUGAAACAAGCUGUUAUAUAUGGCAACCUUUUGAGGUAAAAAAACCUAUAUAUAAAUAUAUAUAUAUAUUCUACUAGGCUAUAUUCCAAAUUCAUAGUAAGAAAUUUGACUAUCCCUAAAAGUAUACUAAUACACAAAUCACAUACAUUAACUUGAUCUGAACAAAAGCUAUCUAACGAAUACAACGGAACAUGAUCUUCGUCUGUAUACGACGAAUCCAAAACAUCGUCCAAAUGAAAAUUCGAGGAAUUCCAACUCCAACUUCUCAGCAGACCUGUCCCAGAGUGAUUUGCAGUUAUAACGCCCUAAACAAUUUGCGAACCAUUUAAAUUGAUAAUUGAUUGAGUUUGUCAAGUUAGUUUAGCAACUAGUAAGUUAAAUAUAAAAUUCUUUUUUCAUCGAAAACAACUAAUUAACCUUUAUAUAUAUCAAGCGACAGAGCAGAGACUGAAUGGAAUAACUUAUAUAUAUAUAUAUAUAUAUAUAUAUAUAUAUAUAUAUAUAUAUAUAUAUAUAUAUAUAUAUAUAUAUAUAUAUAUAUAUAUAAUGUAGCAUUUGUAAAUUCUGAACGCUGAUUGGCUAAGAGCCGUGUUAAUAUAACUCACGUCAACAUGGAAAAUUUAUUUCUUUAUAUAUUUCUUUGUGCUGUGCAAUUUCUUUCUUUAUAUUUCUUGUGCUCUUUGUUAUUCGUGGAAAUUGGGAAAACUCGAAAUUGGAAUUGUGUGAAAACACUCCGCCCUCUCGUACGUUUUCCCAAAAUAUCAACACGGAAAAUGUUAUAUAAUUAUUUGUUAAAUAGAAAAUAAGCACCUUGAACCCACAUCUUUUUCGUGAAUUCUUGAACUUAGAACAUAAGGUAGCAAAAAGCAAAAUAUAAUUCUUAAAAAACAUGAUGUCUUUUCAAUCUUUGAUAAAUAUUUAAGCAUAUAAGCAUUCCAGAAUUCAUAUGACAUAAUGAAAGAUUUUUGCAGUAAAAGAUAGUGUGCAAAUUUUCUACAUGGGUCAUAGCAAAUUUUGUAUAAUAUUAUACCUCAACUUUAAAUUGUUCGAUUGAAAAAAGCAUUGCAGUAUAGCACGUGAUGAUGUGUUUUUUUGCGGUGUAUUCCAGCGUCAUGAUGCAGCAAUCAUAAUAUCCACGGCAGAUCUGUCGUGGGAUAUUAUUAUAUCUUACGCGCUAUGCAUGGAAACCACGAGAUUGGCAAUAAAAAAAUAUGGCGUGCUCGAAGUUUUGUUCCUAUGUUUUGUUCAUAAAGAUUUAUUGCUUUAACUCUAAAGAGUUUCACAUGAAUAUUAGGGAUAUGUUACCUUCAAUGAUCCCAUAGAGGCGGGUUCAAAUAUUCUAAAGGGGAAACGUCAAAAACUCAGGUAUAAAUAAAAAAAUAAACAUUGUAUUCGCUUAGUUACUCAGCAGGUUUAUUCUCAAUUUAAUUAGUGCAUUCUUUAACUUUCGGUAUAAUAUAUUACUAAUAUAGACCAUCCGAUAGGGGGAUUCCGGCGAAAAAUAUUACCCUCAUCGGGAAAUAUCAUAAACGUCGAGUAAUAUUUCGCCGAAUCUCCUUUGCUUAAUGGUCUAUAUAAACGAUAAACAUAACGAGAACACAUUUAUCUUUUAAUUUAAAUUUCCGGUCCUAAUUACAUUUGGUGGAUUUGUUUGCCCGAGUUUGGGCAUAAAGUACGUUUAUUUCGUGAUUUUGUGAGAAUUUAUAUAAAUAUCAAGAUAGUUUAAAAACAGGUUAGCCAACCUCCACCACAAAACGUGCGAACUUACAAGAUUCUGCAAAUUGAAUUGUAUCAUUAUAUGUUUCACCAUUUGGACGAGUCAAAUCAUUGGUGUCAUCAUCGUCCAUGAAUCCGCAAAGACCCUCAGUAGUUUUUGAGAACGCUGCCAUUGGUAUAAAAUGCACAUUGAGAUAUUGCCUCGACAUCACUGGACUGUAUUCCGUUUCUACUGACACCGUUGCACCUAAGCAAUAUAAAAACAAAUGUAAGCCACUAUAUAAAUUAUAACAAUGAGCCACAAUAUAAGAGAAUUGUAUUUUGUUAUUUCCCUGAAAAUUGAGAAAGGUUUCGUCAUAAAAUGAGUGAAGUAUAUAUGAACCCAACUCAGCCAAUUCUAAUAAAAAUACCCGAAAAGAGAGCUAGUGACCUAGCGGCCAGUCUUAUAAUAAUUGGCACUGCGGAGGAGACAUGUAAACCAACAAACAUACAUAUCGUCUUUUCUUCUGAUUUUUUCCUCUUCUUUUCUCAUUGAUACUUUGUGUUGAAAGUAAUUUUGGUGAACAACAAGAAAACGCUGCAUGGUGCUCAUUUGGAAUCAAAUUUGGAAUUAUUUGGAUCUAUAGAGCAAUAGAGACAAUCCUCAGUCUAUAUAUCUACACCAUGCAGUUAUACUUUGGGGGGUAGAAUAAACAUUCAAAACAGCACGGGAAUUGGCGAUCAAGAGUACAUUGCACUGGAAAAAAAAGUGAAAUCUAUACUACGAAAUUUGCAAUUGCACCACUAAAUCCAUAGUAGGCUAUAUCCAUACUAUUUCCAUACUAUAUCCAUACUAUGGAAAUAUACAAUUAUUAUGGAUAACCAAAAUCCACUGAUUCUAUUUCCAAUAAAGUUCCAUACAUGCAAUUUCCAUUCUAUGACCUUCUAUGGAUUUUCAAAAUUUUUUCCAGUGUUGUCAAAAUGACUUUGUAUAAAUUUUUUACUCCAUGCAAAUAUGACGUUAACGUUACUAACUUCUUAUUAACCUUAAGGUUACAGAACACCUUUGAGUGUUAAUUUUGCCUAAAAUUUUUUUAUUGGUUUCCAUGAAAGCAUUAGACUAGUCCUACUAUCUGACAAAGUUUGAGCGAAAAAUGUUGAAAACUCGCAGAGUUAUUUAAUAAAAUACAUUUUGCUGCAAUAAGAAAAACAUUGGAAAUGUAAUAUUCAAAUUCAAUUUUCUCCCGAAACAUUUUACGGCAAUUACUCAUUUUCAAACGAGUUAUUCUCCUGCGGGUUUUAACGAAUUUUUCUCAAAUUUUCACAGGACAUAGCUAAAGACGUCAGUUGCAAAAUUGUGUUCGGCUUUGUUCUAAUUUUGGAUAUUUUAAUAAUAAGGAGCAAUUCACACAAACGAUUCAGAAAUAUAUUGCAGUCGUCAAAGAAAUCGCCAUAUCAGCGGAAUGAUAUGGUGACCUGUACCACAUAUUUUGGAAAGGGGUCUUAAAAAUGCUUGAAUUUGGUUUCACGUAAAAUACCUUUAUUUUGUACGGCCAACAAAUAUUUUUCAAAAUCGAGCCGACUAAUCGUUGUGUGAACGUAGCUUAAGACGAAGAAUCGAACAUAGUUCGUCUAGACGCAUAAUGCGUCUUGUGCCCGUCUUUAUACUGAAGACGCAUAACCAUGCAGACGAACAAUAAAUGCUUGCCCAAGUUCGUCCAGACGCAUAGUACGUGUCUAGUAUAAAAACGGCCAAUUAUAAUCAACAUGCAUAAUCAUAUUUUUACAAACAGGAUUUACUGGUGCAUAUUAGAUGGCGCAGAUACAAACAGACAGUUUGUUAAGAUUCACUUUGCAGACGUUGAUCCUGCUGAAAAAUUAUUUACUACGAACAAUAUUUAGACAGACGAUCCUAUGAUAUUCAUUAUGGACCCGAAGGUAAUGUAGGACUGUGUAAGGGUUUGUAUGGUCAUCCCUAUGGGUCAUCCAGAUGUUCUUUAAUGCAUGUACAGUAUUGAUCAGUAUACAACUGGUACUUCUUAUAGACUCUUCAAGAUUUGCUGAUUUGGGCAUAAUCAACGCAACUUAAAAUCUCGUAUUUAAACAACAAUUAACACUUAUUUAGUGGAAGCGAGGGAAACAGUAUGUUUUGUGGACUCAAGACCGUCGAUGUUUCCCGAGGCGAAGCCGAGGGAAACAUCGAGGGUCCACAAAACAUACUGCUUUCACGAGGUCCAAUACUGCUUUACCGAGGUAUAUAUCAAUAGUCAAAGAAACAACAGAUUAAAGAACAAGUGAACGUAAAUACAUGAAAUAUUUUAUUGUUAAAACGUUAAAUUAAACACUGCAGUUUCUUAAAGCGAAAGUUAAAUUAUUAUAAAGUUAUCAAACGUUUAGAAAGCAUCCAAUUUAUGUCAAAACGUACACAACACUCAAAAAAAUUAACAGUCAAAAUAUAGACAACUACUUGCUAUUAAAAUUAAAGGAAAUACGAAAAUAAAAAUGCCCAAAAAAAUCGCGCGCUUUUAAGGUCGUCCAAAGGUCGCAUCUUCACGUGAUGGCGCACAUGAUUUCUUUCGUUAUUCCCCGGUCGAUAACGUAUUAUCUCGCGCUGUUGCGAGGGAGACAGCCUAAUUUCGUCACUCUCAUGUGAUAUGCUCUCGACCAAUAAAACAUUAGAAAAAGGGGACUUUGACUAUUGGUAUAUACACACUAUGCAUAAUGCCUUUCAAGCCGCAUCAAAACGAGGUCGGUAGGUCAAAUGGCGGUAGGACAAGCUCGUUUCGAAGCGAACCUUGUUUUGCUUUUUGUUGUGUUGUCUUCGAAACAAGUACAAAAACCAAUUUAAAAGUCAAAAUUGACCUGCCCGCUUCGUUUUGGUGAGACUCGUUUCCAGGUUCCGAACGCGAACGAGGCAUUAUGCAUAGCGUGUAUAUAAUAGUACGAUUCAAUUAAUGUACAGUACUUACACUUUACUAUAAUACUUAGGUUAUUUAUUGAGCACACUGUGUAACGGUUUUCAUCUAUCAUAUAUUUAAGAAUAAAUGAAGAGGAAUUUCAAGUUUUACUUGCAUUUAAGUUUUAUUUAUAUCCGGAGCUUGUGUAUAUAAUAAAACAGUUAUUCUACUCACUCUCGUCGUAUAUGACUGAUAUAGCCAACUUGGGGCUACGCACCUUGUCGGCUAUCAGUGCAUAUACGACUCGAGUUCGCAGAAUAACUGUUAAAUAUACGCCAUUCUAAACAUUUUAAUUACGUUUUUGUUAAUGCAAUGAUUGUAAAAACGGUGAUGUUGUGAAUGUUUUUUUUCCAGCAUAAUUUAAAGAAAGUGAGGAACAACAUUCAAAAGAGUAACCUUUCUGAGAAACCAAGAUGCCUAAGAAUAUGUGGGAAAAAUAUUAUGUGGCAGCAAUUCAAAGAUGCUUGCAAGUGGGACCAGUCUAGCUGCAGUUUAUCAAUACAUGAAAAUUUAACCGAGAACCAUUUUGAAUUAGAUUCCGCCGCCAAGAUGAGGAACCACCUUGCCGAAGAUGUCCUUAAUAACAAGAUGCUGUUUUUGAUCCAGGUUAUUGUGAUUCUGACGGUUAAAUAACGUGGACUAUAAAUAUUUGUGAAUUGAAAAUGUAAAGCAAUCUAUAAUGUAUUUUUACUUUGUACUUUUGCAGAAAUAUAAAGAAGACCUGAUGGCCAGAGGUAAAAAAAAUGUAUCGGAUGAAAUGGAAUCUGUAAUUCUUCUACUGAAGCACACAAGCAAUUUGGUGCAAUUAUUUAACGAUCGCUUAUUCAUAUAUUCAAAUGAUGAUGACCGGAUCAAGAAAUUGAAGGCCUUUUAUAAUUUCUUGAUGAGUUGGCGUGACGAAACUAAAGAGAGUAAUAACUUAUUUAUUUCGUCUAAACUAUUUUUUGAUUUACAAUCAAUGUGUUUAGGCUUUCAAGCUAUGAUAGACUUUAAGACCUCCAAAUUCAAAGGAUCGGUUGUUAAACCGUGUAUUAUAAACCAGGACUGCGUAGAAAACCAUUUCUGCCAUGUUAGAGCGUGUAAUAGGCAGAACAAUAACCCGACAUAUUUACAACAAGCUGCAACACAAUCUUCUAUUAGAUAUGGACAAACUACUGUUAGUAGAAAAAGCAAUGCAGCUAAACUAAGAGUAAACAAAAACAAAGCUUGCUCAUUACCCCGCUAG